CAUUAUAGAAGUCCUGGUCCUUCUAGUCUUCUGGACCUUUUUCCCUUUGGUCGGCAACUUCCCUCCGAUUUUAGUUUAUAGGUAAAAUUUGUAACCUCUGGCUCUACUCAUCUCGCACUGUACUCCAACGCAAGAACGACGACCGCAUCCACGCAGAAUUAAACAAAAUAUAGAAGAAGCCCAUCUGCCCACGAGCAGUACUACGUACAUUCCGCACCUUCGUUCUCUGUCCCAGUCUCCCAUCUUUUUCCUCUCUCUCUCUCUCUCUCUCCAUUUCAUAGAAAUGAAACACUAGCCGCGGAUCGGAGAGAAUACAGCCUUACUCCUCUUAGUAAUGAGAGAGUGAACAAGUGAAAAGGAAACAAAUGGAGGGAGCAGAGGAAGAGCUGGAGAGGAGGAGCAAGUUCCUCGACAGUUUGAUUAAGAAGAAGAAAGGGAUUGAGCAGCAUGACUGUCUCAACGUGCGUGUCAGGGCCUCUGACAUGCCCCUUCCUUUGCAGAACCGUGCCUUUCGCUGCGCACGUGACCAACUCGAGUCCAUACCCGGCAAGCUUGACAGUAAACGCCUCGCCCUCGAGCUUAAGAAGAGCAGGUUACAAGGCAAAUUAGUGUUCAGAAGAAUUUAGCUGGAACAAGGGGAGAUAGGCCUGUUAACUAUUCUAGUAGACAUACUAUGGAUGAAUUACAGCCAGUGUUAAAUUUCAUGAAUCCAAUAUGGCUAGUGUUAAAUUACAGCCCGUCCUUUUCAUGAGAAUUUCUAGCAUGGUUUAGAAUUAGUUUUCAACUAUUUCUCUUCUUCAAAACCUUUCACAUCCAGCCAGCUGAUGGGAAUUUGAUUCUUCGUAUGGUCUAGCUUGGCACUGCAUUGUAGGAACCAGCUUUGGCUCAUACGUCACACAUUCCUCGGGGGGCUUCUUGUAUUUUUCAAUUGACAAGGUUUACAUUCUUCUCUUCAGGACUACUGUUGAGCCUUUAGACCAUUGAAUGCAUCCAACUCUAUGGUUUAUAAAUAUUUACACUGUCAAUUUACAUGUAAAAUUCAUAACGGCUGUAAUGUCUGUUCUAGUUUUUCAAUUCUGUAUCGAUGACUUUCCUUAUAUUACGAGCAUAAAAGAGUGAUAGUUUGAUGUGAUA